AUGGGAGUAGAAUUAUCGACUUUUCAAGACGAUGAUGAGUACAGCCUUCAUCAUAGUUCUCAUGGUUCUGGAAAACUAUUAAUGUAUUGUGGAUGUCCGGUAGGAGAGAAUGAUACAAGCCGAUGUAAAAAUCCGCAUCUUCACGUUUAUCAUCGACAUUUGGAACACCACAACGACUCUUCAUCGGAACCACAAAUAAGCUUAUUUCCGGCGGAGCAAACAAGCGAUGUGCUCGGCGUUGGAUGGACGUUGAGCCAACUUUCCUCGAAUAGACAUUACUACCAAGGUGAUGGCGAGGGUGAACAGCUAGAGAAGGCUAAUACUCCUUCUUCUCAACACAAAUUCAAUGAUUUUGAUUCCACUUGCAAAGAGUUAAGGCCGAACAAGGAAGGAAUUUCGGGAGACCAUUUCAUGACUCAUGGACAUCCACUAGAAGGAGCAGAUUUGUCUGAUGAAGAAAUGAUUGAAAAAGUAAUGUAUCAACAAUGUGUUCUACAGUACCAUCUUAUGAUGUAUCACUUUCCUGCUCCAUUACCAGAAUUUUAUGAAAUGUACACUAGACAUAUUGGAAGACCUUUUUCUGAGUUGCAAGAUGAGUUUGAUUUGAAGCUAGAACAUUUCAUUCUUGCGAAUUACACUUUUCCUCCAAUUGAGAAAGGGAAACAAAGGGAGUCUCUUUUAGAUCAGUGCAACAAAUUUUUGGAUCAUUGUCUACAGCAUCGAUAA